AUGGCCAGCAUCUGUCGGGGUCUGUUCCCCCCCGGCAUGAGGCCACUCCUCCGCCCCUCCAAGCUCUCCACCAUCACAACUACUACACCUCGACUCCAGCCCGCCUCCUUCUUCUCGACGUCGUCUAUCCGACAGCGGGCGAUCCAAGCAUCGAGGAUCCAAGCAUCGAAGAAGCCUGCGAUGAAAGUCCCGAUAGCCUCGCGAUCAUCACCAUCAGCCGCCCCGCAGUCGAGCUAUGCCAUGAUCAAGAGUCUGGCCGUCAAGCCCACGCCGACGAUCCUGUACGAGGGACCAUCGCACUUCUGGUUCUACUUUGGCUGCUGGACGAGCGGCGGCCUGAUCCUAGCGUGGACCGCCAUCACGGGCCCAGGCGUGGUGAACGACCAGCCAGACGGGGUGCCGCGCUGGGUGGGCUGGGUGUACACUGCCUCGUAUGCGCUGCUGGCUGCGAUGGGGUUCUACCUCAUUUCCAAGACGCCAAACAUUGUCAAGACGAUACGGGUGAUUCCCAGAUCCAUUCCUGCGGCGGCAACCUCUCCUUCCCCUUCUUCUUCUUCUUCUUCUUCUUCUUCUUCUUCUUCUUCUUCUUCUUCGUCUGCAGCUGCAGCUACGAGGUCCUCGGCGGCGGCAACAUCACCACUGCUAGACAUGGAAAUCACCGUCCGUCGGGCCCUGCCACUGCUAGACCCCAAGGUGAUCACGACAAGCCUGGAUCGGGUGUCGCUCGCAUCGCGCCUCUCGCUCCCAGAGGAGCAUGUCCCCCGUCUACGUCGCGAGCAGGUUGAGCUGCACGAGGAGAAGAAGGCGCAGGAGCUGCUCAAGUUCGACAUGGGCCACAUCCUCACCAUGCCUUUUCGUAGGGUCGGUAGGGCGUUUGUCGGUCUGUUUGAGGGCGUCAGGGCUGCCUGGACGGAUAUGGGGUUUGGGGUGGUCCGUGUUGGUGGCAAGGCGUACAAGAUUGAUGUGACGCAGGGGUUUGCGCAUGAUGGCUUCAGGACGUUGGAGAGGAUUGUGGCUAUCGACGAGUGA